AUGAUUACGGGACCGGAGGCCAGGCAAACGCACAGGUUGUUGGACUUGAAGAAGCAGCAAUGGGCCAAGGAGAGAGAGGAAAUCGCUCGCAUGGAUGAGAUGUACCAUCACCAGCACACCUCGCACCACAAGAUCGAGCGCACCUCCAUUCGCACCUACUACUCGAAUCUGGAUCUCAGCCAGAGUUCCACCUCCAACCAGACGUCCAGUCACUCGCGUCGGGCUCCUCAGCAGGACAUGCAAUUGAUUAUCCGCCCGCAGGACUACAGGAAGGGCAGCCAGGCCUAUAUGAACCAAUUGGAGCGGUAUAUCGAGGACCUGGACGUGGACGCCGAUGCGGAUUUCGAGGACGAGGACGAGUCCAUGUAUCGACGAACCAGAAGGGGCAGCUAUGCCCCCGGUAUGACCUCCCGCCAGAUGCAGAACCCUGCUCGCUACAUGGACUUGGUUCCAACAUCCCUGCAAACGGCCAAGGGCAGAAUGCAGCAUUCGCGACAAGGACAGCAGCAGCAGUUGCACCAGCAACUUUUAAUGCAACAGCAGCAGCAACAGCAACAUCUACAACAACACCAGCAGCAGCAGCGCCUGCGGAGCCCCAGUUUGCCAGCAAUUCGUCAGAGGGUGAGGCACCAGGAAAAACCAGGAGCAGCAGGAGUAGCAGCAGGAGCAGCAGCAGAAAAGUCAACUGACAUUGAUCCCGGCAACGGGGGGCCGCAUCGAUUAAACAACAACAAUCCCCCGGCGGCUGCCGGUUGCCAGGAGGAGGACACUUCCGGCUAUCUGAGCGAUACACCCAAGAAUCCCCACACUCCGGACAUUUGGUUCAACGACGGCGCCAGCCAAAUCGAGAGCAUUAGUGGGGUGGGCAGUGCCAGUGUCCUGGACGGAGUCCCGGGCGUAGUCUUGGGCCCCGUGGGUGGGGGUGCGGCUGGAUGCCGACGCCUCCGCCGAUCGAUACAGGCAGGCACUGCAGCUGCACCUAUUCCAGGCCCGAUUCCCAACCUCCUUCCCCAUCCCCUGCCACCCCCUGGAAAUCCACUGAGCAAGGCGUACACCAUCAAGGGACGACGUGUGCCAGGGCAGGGUUACGAGCCGUUGGCUGCCGACGGCUACAUGGCCGAUGGAUACUGCUACAUGCCUGCUCCUCCCAGCUCCUCGAACAUGAGUCUCAGCCGCGAUGUAUCCACUUCAAACACCUACCAGGUGCACAUUGGCAAUCCGGAGCACGGCGACUUCUAUGUCCACGAGCAGCACGAAAGGGAGCGUGCUCGCUGGGCCAACUUUAACGGCGGACAUGCGGCAUCUCAGCAGGCACCGAGUUGGCUCAAUCGCAGCAUGCACGAUACCAAGGACAGCGAGGACGAUGUCCAGUCCAUGCAAUCCUCCUCCACAUAUCUACGGGGUCAGAAUGCCCCACUGGAUGCCCACACGCUGGCCGAGAGGAUGGACAAGCGGCGCAAGGCUGCUGAGUAUCACAAUGCCAUCAAGCAGCAACUCCAUGAGCGGGAAUUGAUCCGUAAGUGGGAACUGGAGCGCCACCGGCAGGAGGAGGCCAUCGAAGAGGAGCGUUUGCGCAGGCAGAAGCACUUGGAGCAGGAGCGAUUGGAGUUCGAGCGGAGAACUCUCCUCGAACGAGAGGAGGCCCAGCAAAAGAAGCAGCAGGUUAUGCUGGAUGCCAUCCAAAAGGCUGAGGUGGCUGCCAGGAUGGAGAAGCAAAAAAAGCGAAUGGACCGGCAGACGUCCAAGAUAUCCCAGGACACUGAGGGCGAGGAAUCGGAGCUACUACGCGUUCAGUCCGUGGAGGAGGAGGAAGAGGAUGAGCCAGUGGCCAAGGGAAAGCAAGAACCUUGCCCGGCAGAGGAGACCUCCAACACCCCUCGAGGUCCACCCCCAGUAGUCACCGAGGAGAAGGUCCUGAUAGGCACACCCAUCAAUCUGCGACGCACCAUCACCAAGCCCAUCAAACAGCCCACGGAACCCAAGAAGGAGGAGCCGAAGGGACCCAGACAGGCCUCUUUUCUCGGUGAAGACAAGGAGAACAUGGCCCUAUUGAUGCAACCAGCUACCCUAAUCCCAUUGCCCGUCACGAGUGACAUUUUUGGGCUGCAAAACGCCAUUGGCAACCUCCAAAUAGCCACUUACUUUGUGCAGCAGCCCAUGCAGAAGCCCCCACAGACCGCCUGCUCCUAUUCGAAAGCCACGAUGACCCAUCGCACAGACACCUCGAUAUACACAGAGGACGGCUAUCAGGCGGAGAAGGAGGAGGAGGAGGAACCCCUGGAGACGGCGAGGUCCGGCAGAACCGACUUGGUGACCGCCAGUGGCUGCUUCUCGCCCGACUCCCUGGAGGUGGAUGUGGCUCCUGUUUCAAUACCCGAACAGGAUAAACUGGCCUUGAUUCCCCUAAAGACCCCGCUGCAUUUGGGCGACCCAAACAACGCGGCUGAGCGAGAUGAGCUCAACCAGGAACUGGGCCAGCAGGCCGAUGUGGAGACCCAGACAGAGCUGCCCUUAAACUGCGACCUCUGCCUUUUCCACGAUAAUUUCUACAAGGUCCUGCUCAAGCGAGAGGUGUCCACUACGACCACCACACAGACCUCCAAGAGCCAGACCCAGCCCGCUAAGGAAUCCACUGCUGAAAAGGACCACGAGACCACAACAACGACCACCACGACCACGACUACCACAUUCAAGGCCAAGAGCAAGGACAAGGACAAAGACAAGAGCCUGAAGAAGAGCCUGGGCAAGGAAAAGGACGCCAACAAGAUGGACGAUCGCCCCAAGUGGGGCGUCAAUCGUCCCGUGGUUCAGUAUGUCAAGGCCAGCGAUCGGGAUCCCUUCUGCCUCCGCAAAAAGAAAAACCAUCCCAGCACGGCCAAGCCUCCGCGCUCCCAGUCCAUGGACUCCCGCCUGGACAGUGUGGCGGUUUUACCAGAAGAUCAGUUGAUCAACCUCGCCGGCGGACCUCCGUCGGCAGCUGGGGAACAGGAGGAGGAGGGAUUCCUGCUGAAGGCCCGUAAUGUUUGCACUGAAAUCCUACCCAUUAAGACCGACGAGAAGGGUCGCAUUUUCCUCAACUUCCGCGAGGCCAGCGCCAUCAUGAACGAGGACGAGAUCAAGGACAAGCUGCGCCAGAAGUACUUUAACUUUGGCAGAAUCCUGCCACGCCGCAGUUGGGCCUCAGCCACUCAGCAUGCACUGCCCUUCAGCGCAGUGACCACAGCUCCGCCCCUGCAGACCACGGUAGGCGAUCUGGCGGAUGAUUGA